AUGAUCCGGGUCCUCUUUGCUGUUCUUGGGUUGGCCUCUGCGGCUUUGGGGUGUGGGGUCCCAACCUACCAGCCCAACCUCGCCAGAGUUGUGGGUGGAGAAGCUGUCCGACCCAACAGUUGGCCCUGGCAAGCCUCUCUCCAAUACAAUUCCAAUGGCAAUUGGCAUCACACAUGCGGGGGGACCCUCAUCGCUACUAACUGGGUCAUGACAGCCGCUCACUGUAUCAGCUCCUUUCGGACCUACCACGUACAGCUUGGGAAAUACGACCUCAUUACCAGUGAGAAAGGAUCGCGCACAGUCUCUCCGCAAAAGAUCGUGGUGCAUCCCAAAUGGGACUCAAGCAGGAUUUCCAAUGGGAACGACAUUGCGCUGAUCAAACUUUCAGGACAUGUCACCCUGAGCAACAAAAUCCAGCCGGCAUGCCUGCCUCCGGCCAACAGCAUUUUACCCGGGAACUUUGGUUGUUAUGUGACAGGCUGGGGAAGACUGCAAACAAAUGGUGCAUCGCCAAAAGUCCUCCAGCAAGGCCGCCUGCUUGUGGUGAACCACGCGACCUGCUCCCAGUCCAGCUGGUGGGGCAACACAGUGAAAACCAGUAUGGUCUGCGCGGGCGGUGAUGGCAUCAUUUCUAGUUGCAAUGGGGACUCUGGUGGUCCGCUCAACUGCAAAUCGGGCAAGUGGGAGGUACACGGGGUGGUCAGUUUCGGCUCCUCUCUCGGUUGCAACUACGUCCGCAAGCCUUCUGUUUUCACUCAAGUCUCGGCUUUCAAUGACUGGAUCACUCAGGUGAUGCAAAGCUAUUAACCCACUGAGGACUAUGAAACAGCGUGAUCCUGCUGGCAACAUCAUCAAGAAUAAAACAGGCUGUUUUAAGAAAAACAUCAAUAAAGUCAC